CCCUUCCUGCCGGGCUGCGCGCGGCUGCGCGGCGACGAGGCGGCCGCGCUGCCCGAGCUGCUCUUCCCCUUCACGUGCCGCAUGUGCGGGCUGGUGCUGGACGACGGCUUCGCGCAGGACGAGGGCCUGGCCGAGCAGGUGUGCGGGCGCUGCAGCCUGGCCGUGCUGGGCGCCGAGCCGGGCGCCGGGCCCCGCAAGGGCGCCGCCGACAAGGGCUUCGCCUGCAGCCUCUGCCCCUUCGUCACCCACUACCCCAACCACCUGGCGCGCCACAUGAAGACGCACAGCGGCGAGAAGCCCUUCGCCUGCCCGCUCUGCCCCUACGCCUCCGCGCACCUCGACAACCUGAAGCGGCACCAGCGCGUGCACACGGGCGAGAAGCCCUACAAGUGCCAGCUCUGUGACUACGCCUGCGGCAACCUGGCCAACCUCAAGCGCCACGGGCGCAUCCACUCGGGUGACAAGCCCUUCCAGUGCAGCCUCUGCAGCUACAGCUGCAACCAGAGCAUGAACCUGAAGCGCCACAUGCUGCGGCACACGGGCGAGAAGCCCUUCCAGUGCCGGGACUGCCCCUACACCACCGGACACUGGGACAACUACAAGCGCCACCAGAAGAUCCACGGGCACGCGGCAGAGAGCUGGGUGAACCCGCGCGCCGCCAAGGCGCUGCUGGCGCCCGCGGCCGUGGGCGCAGCGCUGCCCUGA